GGCUGCUGCCGGCUGAGAGCAGCCUGGCUGUCCUCGCAGGGAGGUGGCAUUGGGAAAUGCUCCGUUGUUAUGCGACUAUUGAUUUGCCUUAGUCGGAGGAUUCCAGUGGCAAAGUGACCCUCCCUCCUGCCUGUCCCCUCCCUUCCUCGCAUCAGGAUCCCAAGGUUGCCGCCCAGCUCUCCUCCUCCUUUCAAUCCUCUGACUCCGGGAUUCCUGAAGUUGUUAGGAGAAAUGAGGUAGCCGAGGGGGAACCACAUGGAAGUUGUGACAGCUCCCAGCGGCGCGCCCCUUUCGCGUGUACCGGUAUCUCGGCUUAGGAAUGACUCGCUGACACGUUGAAUGAAGAGGUCCCCUUACCAGCCGCCUGCCGGGAUGGGCCUGUGCUGCUGCAAGCCUUAUAACUGCCUUCAGUGCCUGGACCAGACGAAUGAAAGUGCCCUUGUGAAAGAAAAAGAGCUGUCAAUCGAACUUGCAAACAUCAGGGAUGAAGUUGCCUUCAAUACAGCAAAGUGUGAGAAACUACAAAAGGAGAAAGAGGACCUGGAGAGGCGGUUCGAAGACGAGGUGAGGAGGCUGGGCUGGCAGCAGCAGGCCGAGCUGCAGGAGCUGGAGGAGCGGCUGCACGAGGCGGAGAUGGCGCGCCUGCAGGAGGAGCACCACGGGCAGCUGCUGCGGAUCCGGUGCCAGCACCAGGAGCAGGUUGAAGACAUCACCGCCAGCCAUGAGGCUGCUCUCCUAGAGAUGGAAAACAACCACACAGUUGCCAUCGCGAUCCUGCAGGACGACCAUGACCACAAAGUCCAAGAACUGAUGUCUACCCAUGAACUUGAAAAGAAAGAAUUGGAAGAAAAUUUUGAAAAGCUGCGGCUGUCAUUACAGGACCAGGUGGACACACUGACCUUCCAGAGUCAGUCUCUACGGGACAGAGCCCGACGCUUCGAGGAGGCCUUGAGAAAAAACACGGAAGAACAGCUGGAGGUUGCUUUGGCCCCUUAUCAGCACUUGGAAGAAGACAUGAAGAGCCUGAAACAGGUACUCGAGAUGAAGAAUCAGCAGAUACACCAGCAGGAAAAGAAGAUUAUAGAGCUGGAAAAGCUGGCGGAGAGAAACAUCAUCCUGGAGGAAAAGAUCCAAGUUCUCCAGCAGCAGAAUGAAGACCUCAAAGCAAGAAUCGACCAGAACACAGUUGUCACCAGGCAGCUGUCAGAGGAAAAUGCUAAUCUCCAAGAGUACGUUGAGAAGGAAACCCAGGAGAAGAAGAGAUUGAGCCGAACCAACGAAGAGCUGCUUUGGAAGCUCCAAACUGGGGACCCAACCAGCCCAGUUAAACUGUCUCCCACAUCCCCAGUUUACCGUGGCUCCUCCUCGGGGCCCUCUUCUCCAGCCAGAGUUAGCACGACACCCAGAUGACGCCAUCAUGCAGCCUCUAGGAGCUCUGGCUUCUCGCCCACCAAGCGUGUCCACCAUGAAGGAGUACUGACCAGGUGCUGGCCCAGAGCCAGCCCUGCACGCAUGCUCAGUAGCUGCAUACUGCAUCCUAGACAGCGUCCUCUGCUGAUCCCCAUGUAAGGCUGUCUGGUAUGGGCACUUAGGGAAGUGUAAAUGGUAGAGUCUGAUGUGCAAACGUUUUACCACAGUUAGAGCCAAAAGAAAGACAACUCCAGUGGCCCUUGAGCAAUGAACUUUCACUGCAGAAUUUCAGGUUAGUUACAAAUAGCUCAGUUUUGAAUAUACAUUGAAAACUCCUUGUGUACUGCCCCGACAUGUGUGUAUAUUUAGCUAUACAUAUAUACACAUGCGGCGGGUCUGAAUCGCAUUUUUUAUAACAUGAAGUGCUGACAUAUUUUAGUGAAGGUCAGCCGUUUUCUAACUUGUGCCUAAGAAUUAUUGGGAAAUGAAAAUGCAUUUCUACCUAGCUUCCCAGGAAUCUUUCUACCCAAAAUAGA